GCAUGUGCCUGGGGGCUGAAGGGGCCGGGGUCGAUGAGGCUGAGGGGGCUGAAGGGGUCGGGGCUGAAAGGGCCGGGACUGAGGGGGCUGAGGAACCUGAAGGGGCCGGGGUUGGUGGGGCCGAGGAGGCUGAGGGGGCCGAGGAGGCUGAGGGGGCCGGGGCUGAGGCGGCCGCCCUGAGGCGCCCGCAGCGCGGGAACGGGGCGGCCGCGGCUGUUCCCCUCCCGGCCGGCAGGCGGCGCUGUCCCCCCCCCGCCGUCUCCUGGCAACGGCGCAGCCCGGGGGUGCGGCAGGUGCAGGCCGGGCCGGGCGGGCGGAGCCCCGAGCCGUGCAGGUACGGUCACCGCGGCCCGGAGGGGUGGGAGGAUCCCCGGAGGUACGUGGCCGCCUCCCGAGGAGCAUGCGGCGGCGCCAUGGGCGAGCAGUGGGACGUCGGGCGGGCCCUGGCGCUGUCCGGCCUGUUCCGCCUGCUGCAGGGCGCGGGCCGGGCCUGCGCGGCCCCGUUCCUCACGCUGUACCUGCGGCACCUGGGGCUGCCCGCCCCGCUCGUGGGGCUGGUGGCCGGAGCCAAGCACCUGGCGGCAGCGCUCUGGGCGCCCCUCUGCCCCCGCUGGCCCAAGGGCCGCAGGAGAAGGCGCCUCCUGAUCGCCGGCUCCCUGCUGGGCUCGGCGGGGGCCAGCCUGCUGCUCACCCUCAUCCCGCCCGCCCGCGGGGACGCGGGGCACCCGGGGGACAGGUACUGUAACGCCAGCCAGCAGCCGGGUGACCCGGGGGCCGCCACCGCGGUGCCCAGUCCAGCCACGAGCAGCUACAGCGCUCUGAGCAUGAGUGCUGUUCCGAACGAGAAAGCUGCGUCCGGAGAAGCGGUGAAGACAACUGCUGAUGCUUUGACAACGAGCAUAAGGCCAGCGCUAACCAGUUCAGCCUUCCAGGGGUUAUCUGGCCUGAUAGAUACACUUGAGAAGAAAGGCAGUGGGGUUGGUACAAAGGCAAAUGACUACUCCGAUGGUCCCUCCGGCUGGACAACUGUGAAAGCAGUUAACCAGGGGACACGAGAACCAGAAAUGCUGGGUUCCUUCAGACCUCCCUCUCAUGGACUCAAGAGGGAAACAAGCGGCCAGGGUUCUUCUGCAAUAGAUCUUGUUGAUAAUGCUGAAGAAAGCCUUUAUGCUACUAAAAAUAAUGAGCUUUCUGUGUUUAAAACAACUCUUCCAACUGCUGCAGAUGCUUACAUGUCUGGAAGCCUUUCAGACCACCAGAAAGAUGCUCAGGAUGUCAGCUUCGAGGCCGUGCAGAACAUCUUUCAGGACAGAGAGCAUCAGAUUUUUCUUAUGGUGCUGGGUGCCGUUGUGCUUUGGGAGCUGUUGGCUACUUCUCUCGAACGGACAGUGGAUGAGAGUCUCUAUGAAUAUCUCGACUUCGUUGACGCGACCGACAGGUACAGCAAGCUGUGGAUUUGGAGUUACGUGGGUGCAUCUGCAGGCGCCUGCAGCAUCACCGUAUUUGUGGAUCAACUGAAUUGCUUCCUCAGCAGUGCAGUCGCCCGCCUCGCUGUCCACUUCUAUGGCUAUGCGCUCCUGAUAACGCUCUCCUUGCUUGUCACUGUCUUUUUUCCCAUCCACGUUCCCAAGAAAAAUGACCACGUUAACAAAACUGCCAAAGCCCUGGCCCUGCUGUGGAGCGACGGCCAAGCGAUCCUGUACGCCAUCACCGUCUUCCUGGCCGGCGCGGCUGGCUCUGCCGUGCACAACUUUCUCUUCUGGCAGAUGCAGGACCGAGGCAGCAGCGAGCUGUACAUGGGGCUCUCUGUGGCCGUUGGGCUACUUGCCGAAAUGUUGCUUUAUGUCUUCAAAGGGAAGUUGCUGAGGACUUUCUCGAGCAGCAAAAUGGUUGCAGUCAGCCUGAGCCUCCUGGCAGUGCAGCUUCUGUGCUUCUCCUUCCUGUGGGCUGCGUGGUCCGUUCUUCUCAUCCAGGUUUUAUCCGCCUUCAGUAGUGGUGCUUUGUGGUGGGUGGUUAACGUGAGGGUGGAUGACGUGGCCACUCCUGGUAUGGAAAGGUCCCUGCGCGCCGCUCUCCAGGGCCUCUGCUACGGCGGAGGAGCGAGUUUGGGCAGUUUUGUGGGGGGAUUCGUUGUGAAAUACUUCAGCCUGGCAGUUCUGUACAGGGCGUGCUGCGUGUGCCUGGUGCUGUGGCUCUUCUUGUUCUUAAUUGUCCAAUCUAAAUUGCCACGGCAGAAAAAAAUUAAUUAUUCUCGUCUCCUGGCUGCGGAUUCCAGUGAUAUGAGUGACUCUGACGAGGAGAACGAGAGGGACUGGCUGGUAAAAGCGAUGAAGGACGAAAGUUUUACUAGGAAUUGGUCACAACAGCAUGGGAUCAAGUGAUCUGUACUUGGAUGUAGGGGGUGGAGUGGUCAUGUGGUCGGAUGGUGAUGCCCAGAAAUGACCAUUGAUUCUAAAGUGCUGAAUAUAUAUGGUGUAUAUCUGACAGGACAGAUUUUUAUGUAAAAAAAUUUUAUAGAUCUUUUUAUUUUCUUAAUUUAUAGCACUCUUGCAGUAACUUUUCCUUUUUAACUUAAUGAUUUUGCUUCCAAAAUCAUAACAAGGUAUUUCAGAUAUACAUUUACUGAAAUGAAUGUAGCUAAGUUUUUAGUGAAAAAGCAAACUCAGAUUGAAUUCUUGCUCACCAGAGCUGAUGCUGUGGAAACUGUGAGCGAAAGCUGCGACCUGUACACAACCGAAUGAAAAAUGUUGUAAUGCUAACAGCACACAAAACGUUUUCCAGGUGCUAUGUCUGUGAACUCCUUUCUCUGAAUAGGGGAUGUGAAUUAAAAAAAAAAAAAUGGUUUAUUCACUCUGCUUUGAUUUGUAAAAUCAGGUUUUGCUGCAGAUUGUCUUUUCAUGUUUUGGGAUUUAAGUAGGCUUCUGCACUGGCAUCUAUUGGAAGAAACCAGGCGGUGCUGCUGGCUGCUCAGAUUCAGCAGAGCAGCCUGUUGUGUACCUCGGGUGACCAGGACACAGCCUGCCCUCCUGCGUGGAGUGACGUAGGGCAAUAUUCACCCGGAAGGAACUUGGCAUGGGCUGAGUUGAUCUGAUUGAUCCUCGCUGGGCAGCCCUCUUCUCACAGUUCCUAUUAGAACUAAAUCCACAUCCUGAUCCUGGAGGAUCCUCGAGCUGCCUUAUCUACCUUGCCUUAACCUCAAAAGCACUCAGAUUUCAACACCUCUGCAGUAGGUAAGAUUUUGCUUACAAGUGAAGGAUUAGUGGUCUGAUCUCAUUAAAGGAUGUGUCAGACCUCAAACAGGGCGGGCGGAGGAGCUUCGAGCCUCGCAGUCCUUUCCGCCGCCAUCAAAAGCUGCUGGUGGUUUAUUAGGUGCUUCCUCGGUCAAGUGCCGACAUCACUCAUUUGCAGAGGGAUAGAUUUUAAUAACACCUUCCUAAUUUCAUAGAAGCCAUGAGACAGCUGCAAAAAGCAGAAUAUUUAUUGAAAUGCAUAUUUAAUAUGUAAUAUGUAAGUGGCGUUGCAGUCUGUCACCCUGCUGCAUUCUGGGCUCGGUAGCAAGCGGUUGGAGACAAGACAGAGAAAUGCCGUUUAAGGUCAUUUUUUUCUCUGUAUGCAUCGAUUCCAAAUUAUCUGUACAUCAGAUGCUUUCAGGGCAAUUAGCUCACUGCUUUCCUGGCACAAAUCACUGCGCUGUGCAGAAUACUCAACUAGAAUGACUCUAUCUAUAGAAUUGUCCUCGUGCCAAGAAUAGCUGGGGCUUUUUAUUAAGAUGUUACCUUCUCCCAGGAAUUCAAACUCAAGUUGAGAACAAUUUUAUUGUCAAGAAUUUAUCCCAGCCUUAUUAUCAUACAAUACCUCAGGAGCUCUAAUUACUUGUUAACAGAGACUUGAGUCUUGAGCAACAGAACUGCAAGCAGCACAUCCUGGAGCCGUUCGUGCUUUUGUGAAGUGAACGCUGCAGGAACAGCCGAAAUGGCUUAAAAUGCGGUUGCUUCUUUAGCUGGAAGUGACUGCCCUCAUUUGAAGCCAAUUAAAUGGGUCAUAUCUGCUCUUUUUAUCUGCUUCAGCACCAAAUCAGCUGUUGUAGUUCCAGUUUUGCAAAGAGGAACCUUCAAAUGUGUGUGUGUGACCUCCUGUGACCGGGAGGGAGAGGUGACAGCCUCCAGGGUUGGUUUUGGGUGGCUCAGCCACUGCCGCUAAGAACAGCGAGGAUUUAAGGUAUGGCCCAAAGCUUAACUUCAGUGUAAUAAUCUUGCAUAAUAAUGGAGGGCAGGGGGUUCAAGUUAUUAAUCCAAUAAAUACAUUUGGUGCUGAUUUGAGGGAGAAUCAUAUUUAUACAGUUUGAAAUAUGUUCUCAAUUACGAACUGCUGUGGAAGCGGACGUGGCAGAGGGCUCAUGUGCUGAAGAAAUUGCACUGAUUUGGUUAAAUCGUUUUCCUCUGGGAACUGUGUAACCCUACAGCAUCAGUGACGCGAGUUCUCUGAUGGUCGCAGACCCCGCACGCCGAGCGGGUGAGGCGGGAGGUGCAUUUACAUUGUUGUGUGUGAGACUGCGCGGCUUUAUUGUUCUCGCAGAAGUCAGAACACGUGAAGGAACUGAAUGCCAUUGGGAACGAGAUGUAAGUGAGAAGAACCAAACUGCCUGUGGGGAAAAGAGUUUCUCAUGAUGUACUCCCAGCCACAUCAGCGGUUAUUUUUGCACUACUUUGCAACCGUUUUCCAAUAAAUUGAUGUCAAAA